AAGACGUCGUUUCUGUUUCUCUCUCUUGUCCUGCCGCCGCGUUAUCCACACGCGAGUUCCGCCGCACGAGACCGGCCUCCGUGCGCGAGGACAACCCCACCUUCCUCCGCACUGACCGUCUCAACGACGCGCGAGAGACCUGAGAAGAGGGGCGCGGGGAUUAGCCGGGUUACGCGACACCGAACAGAACACAAUGGUAUGAAAGGAGAGGGAGAAAGGAGAGGAGUGGAAAAAAAGGGAAGGUAAAAGUGUUGGGAGGCUCGGGUGGAGGAGAGGAGUGGCGCGGAGGGGCGGAGCAGCUCUCUACCGGGAAGCAGGGCGGCUGAACCGGACACAACGGGACAAGAGAGGCAAGGGAGACACCCGCGGCAGGAUCCAUUUCUCCGGAUGAAUUUCUGAUUUGCCAAAAACAAAAAAACAAAAAAAAAACCCCAAAACCAUUAUCCAGGUGUCAGUAUGUCGUCAAAGAUCAGUGCUGAGGAGAUGGAGGAGCUCAGGGAAGCCUUCCAGAAAGUUGAUAUGAAUGGUAAUGGGUUCAUCUGUGAUGCAGAACUCAAUAACCUCUUCAAAGAAGUAAACUUGGCCUUGCCCGGAUUCAAGAUCAGAGAAAUCAUCAAAAAACUGGACCGAAACAAAGACAACCAGAUCAGCUUUGAUGAGUUCACCGCUAUCUUCCUGGACUUGAAAAAUGACCAUGUGGCCCAGAGUUUUAGGAAAGCGAUUAACAAGAAGGAAGGCAUCCUGGCCAUUGGGGGCACCAGCGAGCUCUCCAGUGAGGGAACUCAGCACUCCUUCUCUGAGGAGGAGUGCUAUGCUUUCGCUAACUGGAUCAACUCUGCUCUGGAGAAGGAUCCAGACUGUAAACACGUCCUGCCGAUCGACCCCAACACCGGCGCUCUGUUUACCGCAGUGGGAGAUGGCAUUGUACUUUGUAAAAUGAUCAACCUCUCGGUGCCCGACACCAUUGAUGAGAGGACCAUCAACAAGAAGAAGCUGACUCCCUUCACCACGCAGGAAAAUCUAAACUUGGCUCUGAACUCGGCCUCGGCCAUCGGCUGCCAUGUUGUGAAUAUUGGCGCUCAGGAUCUGAAAGAGGGCAAGCCUCACCUGGUGCUGGGACUCCUGUGGCAGAUUAUCAAGAUCGGACUUUUUGCUGAUAUAGAGCUGAGUCGCAACGAAGCACUAGCAGCCUUGCUGCGUGAAGGGGAGAGUUUGGAGGAGCUGAUGAAGCUCAGUCCUGAGGAGCUGCUACUGCGCUGGGCCAACUUCCAUUUGACCAACGCAGGAAUGGCCCCUAUCAAUAACCUUAGCUCAGAUAUCAAGGACUCCAGGGCAUAUUUCCACCUUCUGCACCAGAUUGCCCCAGAUGGCAGCAAAGAGGAUGUUCCCCGGGUCAACAUUGACAUGAGUGGUCUAAAUGAGAGGGACGACUUACAGAGGGCAGAACGUAUGCUCCAACAAUCCGAUCGCCUGGGCUGUCGACAGUUUGUGACCUCUGCAGACGUUGUUAGCGGUAACCCGAAGCUCAACCUGGCCUUCGUGGCUAACCUGUUCAACAAAUACCCCGCUCUGACCAAACCAGAAAACCAAGAAUGGACGCUGGAAAGUGAGACCAGGGAGGAGAGGACGUUCCGUAACUGGAUGAAUUCUCUAGGAGUCAAUCCUUACGUCAACCAUAUCUAUGGUGAUCUGCUGGAUGCCCUGGUGAUCCUGCAGCUUUAUGAGAGGAUUAAGGUGUCAGUGGACUGGGAGCACAGGGUCAACAGGCCUCCAUACCCCAAGCUUGGAGCUAAUAUGAAAAAGUUGGAGAACUGUAACUAUGCGGUGGAGCUGGGUAAAUCAUCAGCUGGGUUUUCCCUGGUCGGGAUUGGCGGUCAGGACCUCAACGAUGGAAAUGCCACCUUAACCCUGGCGCUGGUCUGGCAGCUCAUGAGGAGAUACACUCUAAAUGUUCUGGAGGACCUUGGAGAUGGAGAGGUGGCAGGAGAUGAACUGAUAGUUAACUGGGUCAACAAGACUCUGGCCGAGGCUGGAAAGACGUCAUCCAUCAACAGCUUUAAGGACAAAGAGAUCAGCACCAGUCUUCCAGUUCUUGACCUCAUAGACGCCAUCCAGCCAGAGAGCGUCAACUUUGACCUGGUCAAAAGAGAGAGCCUCUCAGACGAAGACAAGCUAGACAAUGCCAAGUAUGCUGUUUCCAUGGCCAGGAAGAUUGGAGCCAGAGUCUAUGCGUUGCCUGAGGACCUGGUAGAGGUCAACCCCAAAAUGGUGAUGACUGUCUUCGCCUGCCUGAUGGGAAGAGGCAUGAAGAGGACAUAGAAAUCACGCAUUCUCUCUCUCUUGCUCUCUCUCUCUGCCUCUCAAGCAUACACAGACUGUCAUCGCCUGCCUGAUUUGAUGAGGACUGAAGAGAGCUUAGUGAACAAACGGUCUUGUGUCAUAUGUGAUUAUUAUGCAGCAGUGGCCGUGGUAGAAGCAUCCCUUUAGCCAUCUGCCCUGCAAUACGACUGCUGCCUGCGACCACUGCAGCCUCUUCUAAUCAGUUGUGAUAAAGUCAGAAUGAACGGAUAUAUUGUAAAACAAUACUUGUGCCUUGUUAUGGCUGAAAAGAAGGGAGAUUUUUUUUUUAAAUUUUCCAAACUGCUUCUCUGCAGUAAGUAAACUAGAAUGCAAGGCACAUUUAGUUGUAAAAUGUGUGCUAUUAUAAUGGUCACAUCUUAAAAUGUAAACUUUAUUUUGGCCUAAAAUAUCUGGAGUGUAAAGACUGUGAUGUGUGGGCAACAUCAGACGCGUGCAGCUCCCCAAUUUUCUCCAUAUUGCAUCCAGUGUUUUUUUCCUCACACUCGUGUUUCCUUGUAGUCAAUUAUCUCAUCGAGACUGAUUUUGUUUGAAUAACCAACACCCCCGCCCCCAAACAAGCUGUUUCAGGUUUUUAAUAGUUAAACAGUUUUUUACAGUAGUACUUCAUGAUUUAUGGAAAUUAUAGCCUCCAGUUAUUACUACGAUAGUUUAUUUCCCUCAAGGAAGAAAUUCUCCUCCACAGUGCAAUACAUAACACAGGUAAUGUAUUGCACUGUGGAGUACAAUACAUUACUUGCCCCGUCGCUCAGAGGCCCCUGCUGCCGAUCAACCCAGUGGCGGCUCCUUUCCAUCCUGGCCCCACAGUGGUGGAGUGAACGCCCCACUGAUCUCAGGACAGCGGAGUCGCUGCCCAUCUUUCGGCGCAGGUAGAAAAACUCACCUCUUCAAGAACUACUACCCUGUUACUUGCUCUUAGCACUUAUUGUAUUCACUUAUUAAAAAAAAAAACUCUUUCUUGCGCUUUUAAUUCAGCACUGGUUUUGCUCUUAGAUGCUUGUUUAGAGAGAAGAUGCACUUAUGACCUCUGAUGACUAGUAGAUCUCCUGAAGUCCUACGUUAAAGGCACUUAUUGUAAGUCGCUUUGGAUAAAAGCUUCGGCUAAAUGACUGUAAUGUAAUGCAAUGUAAUGUAAGACACAGAAUUAUACAAAACUACGUGUAGAAAACACAGGAGUUGGUAACACUUUAGUAUGGGGAAUGUAGUCACCAUUAAUUAGGUGCCUAUUAGCAUGCAAAUUAGCAACAUAUUGGCUCUUAAUUGGUCAUUAUUACGUACUCAUUAAUGCCUUAUUCUGCAUGGCCUUAUUGUACAACCAGUAAGCCAUUAACUAUGAGUUUUCCCUCUAUAACCUCAGAAUUAUUGCUUAUUAGUAGUACCAUCUCAAUAUGUUUUGCUUAGUAUGGACUUUAUAAGGUGGUAGUACCACAAGAAGAGUUAUUCUCCCUUACUAACACUUAAUGAAUAUGGUCUGUUCUUACAUAACAAAACACAAAACUACAAGUGUUCAUAGUGUUAAAUUACUGUAAAUUAAGUUUUUGUUACUUAGAAUAUGUUCCCCAUACUAAAGUGACAUCUUCAUCAUUACUAAUUCACUAGUCAUUAAGUUUUUGUUACUUAGACUAUGUUCCCCAUACUAAAGUGACAUCUUGAUCAUCACUAACUCACUAGUAAUUAAGUUUUUGUAUGUUCCCCAUACUAAAGUGACAUCUUGAUCAUUACUAAUUCCCUAGUAAUUAAGUUUUCUUAUGUUCCACAUACUAAAGUGUUACCCAGGAGUUACAGGGACCACCACAGAUGUUCCAUCUCUCUCCUGCUUUACUUUCUGAGCAGAUAUCUGUAGCUGGCUGUUUGUUCUUGUCUCAGGCUUGACCUCUUUACAUUAACCUGCUGAGCUGUGUCGUAACGUAUAUUCUCCAACGUGUCAGCCGGUAUAUCAGCACUUUGGCGGUUUCGGAUUUUCAAAGUUUAACAACUUUGUGGGAAGAAAAGAUACAGACCUGCCGCUCCCUGAACGCUCCUAACAUUGCAUAUAUUUGCAUUAAAACGAGUUUUAGAUCAAUUCUGAGAAAAAAAGAGUUACGAUAAGCUCUUAUCUAAAACGACCAUGAGCGGUGAAAGUGACUGCGCGUAAUUUGCACGUCAUCGCGCGACUAUUUACGACGCGUGUUGGUUACGUCACUUCCUUCGCGAGUUCGUCGCUCUGUCCUGGAAACACUCUAGCGUCUCCCAGUGGAGAGAAAUAGUCUAAACUUGAUUUUUGAUUAUUUCCAACGUGUCUGGUUACAGACACCGUUUCAGACGCACCAUGACUACCACCGAGGCGUGGCAGUAUUUACAGGCGUUGGACGGCAGCCAUUUUAAAUUGUUUAAAAAUAGUGUUAAAGUUGUUAAAAUGUCAAUUUUGGUGUCUGUCGUUUCUUAAGAAACAUACGAAUAUAUGUCAUGCGUUAUUACCUCUAUUGGGUGUUUAUCUUGACAGAAUAUAAAACCGGCGGCGGUCAAAAUGACCGCCCACGGUCGUUCUAAUAGUUUUUAAGUUCCGGUCGUUGUUUGGGAUUCUUUGAAUGGUUAUUUGCAGUUCUUCUUCUUCUUUUUUAAAAACAUUUCACGUUUUAUAGGCCUUGCUACAUUUGUUAGAUUAGCAAUAUGUGUUUUUCGUUUGGUUUUUCGGGUAAUAUUUUCACGUUUUCAAUUUUGUUAUUCAAGUUCGGCCAUGUCUUUCUGACGUUUAAAUAAUAAAAAAAUAGCAUUAUAGUUGUUAAAAUGUUCAAUUUGGUGUCCGUCGUUUCCUAACAGACAUACUAACAUAUGCAGUGCAUUAAGAUCUCAAUCGGGUGUUUAUCUUGACAGAAUAUAGAGUUUAAAAACUGGCGGUCAUUUUGACCGCCCAUGGUCGUUUUAGGUAGGAGUGAAAUCCCGGUCGUGAAACCAUAAUAAUCUGUACAUUACAUCCUUAGAUUUAUGGUCCAAGUGAUUCUCGUUGUUAUGACCAAAGCCAUGUGAGAUGAUCGGCAGUUUAACUAGUCUUAACCCUACAAGUAGACCAAAAGACAGCUUUUUGACCAAUCAGAGCUAAUGCAACGUUUUGUAAAAAAAAAAAAAAGUUAAAAAAGUUAUUUUGUGUCACUCGAUGCCAACAUAGCCCUAGGACGUGUUUAUAAUGGUAGUGCCCAAGAGAAAGAGAUUUUUUUCCCCUUAAUUCUUAAUUUCACCCGGAAGUCCUGAUUGUUGUAAGGCUGUCAUUGUUAGGAAAACAAAAUGAAAAUAAUAUUAGCUUAUUCCUUUAAAUGCAGUUUUGUUUUUCCUGCCUUAAGUGUCAGUGAUGGGCCUUGAACAAAUCUGUGACAGACUGACUCUUAGUUCCCUGCUUCCCUGCCCUGGGAGAUGCUGUCUGUUUCCACAGGUCACCUUCACACCAGAGCAGAAACUCUGCUUCGUUUUCACCGUGAUGAAUGGAUGUAAUUGUGGCUUGUCCCGCUAAAAUCAAAUACCCCCCCCUCCUGUUUGCUAGCUAACAGGAUAUAUAUGCACUGUAAAGAUCCUGCAAACCAGGUUUCCUGUCCCUGUAUGAGUUCAGCUUUACACAUAAAGUGUUUAUUGCAUCUCCGCAGUUUAUGAUAAUGUUGCUGUCACUGUUCCUGCAAGCAUUUACACGGUGGCAUCACUGUGUAAACACCCUAAAAUUAAAACUAUUUGCCUCUUUAACAAGAACGGCUUUUUUUUUUAAAAUCAACAAAUCAAUAAUCAAAAAUCAAUAAAAAACUCAUCACACCGUUUAAAAUGUCAGGGACUGCAAUUUUCAUCAUUCAUUGUAAACUGAACGCAAAGCACUUUGGGAAGAGCAGAUCCACGUGGUAUUUACUUGUUCCACUGCUCAUUCUUUCAUCCCAAAUUAAUGCUGCAGAAAUGUUUUUUGUUUUUUGUUUUGUUGUUCGAGGUAAGUGAGUCUUUGGUUGGUCACUGCUGUGGUUUACCAGCCAGUUGCUGAACUGGAGGUGAUGAUGUACGAGUCUCUGAACUGGACAAGCCUUAAUGUACAAAUGUAUCUCUGCUGAACACUAAUACACACGUUACGAGCGCA